AUGUUUCAUUUCCCUCAGCUACGGAUUCUGAACAGUUUUAUCACUUUAUACACCUACAUUGCGUGGAAUGUGAGCAUGUUCAUAUACAUCGUCUACAGCAAUGCCGCCUAUGUCGAAGUGAAGCACUACAAUGAUGAUCUCGAAAAGCUUGAUGGAUCUUCUAUCGAUAUAGAAUCUGUUUUAUUGAGAGAAAUGGAUGUGUAUGGCAAAAUAUGUGACGUGGUCAGGGAAUUGGAUCGCAUUUUCAGGCUUUACGCUUUCAUCAUGCUUGCUAUCAUCAUUCCUUCAGUGAUUUUCACACUAAUGAUGCUAAAUCAGCGGAUUCAUGGUCUCAAAGAUCUGGUCAUAUGUUUGCCGUCAAUAGCUCUGUGUGUCUACAGCUUCCUGGCGGUCACCGCAGCACCUGCUAGAUUGCACGACGAGGUAAAAUGGGUCUUACAUCAACACGCACUCAGUUUUUUCGUUAAUUUUGUUAAUGCUCUCAUCUCAAUUGUGAAAGGUCAAUGA